CCGGUGCUGCCGUUCGCCGCUCGAGCUGCAGGUGGAGCUGUGCCGCCGCGCUGCCUCCAGGAAGCCUCACGGGCCUUCGUCGGCCUGGCCGCGGCGCCGGCUCCCAGGAUGCAGUGUGGAGUGGCCGGGCGCUGACGGUGGCGGUGCGGCUGCAGGCGGAGCGGCGGGAGGCCGGCCUGCGAAGAGCGCGGCGGGGAAGGCAGCGGCGCUGCCGGCGGAGAGGACCCGGCGGCCGGGCCUGCGUGGGGCCGCGCGCCGCGGCGUCGACUUCCUCCGCGCCGGGCAGGACAGCGCAGGGCCAUGGCCGAGGCGGCCGCGGCUCCGAUCUCUCCAUGGACAAUGGCAGCUACAAUUCAGGCCAUGGAGAGGAAGAUUGAAUCUCAGGCCGCUCGACUGCUUUCUCUAGAAGGUCGAACUGGGAUGGCAGAGAAGAAGCUGGCUGACUGUGAGAAGACAGCUGUGGAGUUCAGCAACCAGCUAGAGGGCAAGUGGGCCGUGCUGGGGACCCUGCUGCAGGAGUACGGGCUGCUGCAGCGGCGGCUGGAGAAUGUAGAGAACCUGCUGCGCAAUCGGAACUUCUGGAUUCUGCGGCUUCCCCCUGGCAGCAAGGGCGAGGUCCCCAAGGAGUGGGGCAAGCUGGAGGACUGGCAGAAGGAGCUCUAUAAGCACGUGAUGAGGGGCAACUACGAGACACUGGUCUCCCUGGACUAUGCCAUCUCCAAACCCGAGGUCCUCUCCCAGAUUGAACAAGGCAAGGAGCCAUGUACUUGGCGUCGCACCGGCCCCAAGGUCCCGGAGGUUCCUGUGGACCCAAGUCCAGGUGAAGGGUUGGGAAAAGGCUCUGGAGCCCCAGUUCCUGCCCCUGACCUCCUGAUGCAGAUCAAGCAGGAGGGGGAGCUCCAGCUGCAGGAGCAGCAGGCUCUGGGUGUGGAAGCCUGGGCAGCUGGACAGCCAGAUAUUGGGGAGGAGCCCUGGGGCCUCAGCCAGUUGGACUCUGGGGCAGGAGACAUCUCCACAGAUGCUACCUCUGGUGUCCAUUCCAACUUUUCAACCACCAUCCCGCCCACUUCCUGGCAAGCAGAUCUCCCUCCCCACCACCCCUCUUCAGCAUGCUCAGAUGGGACGCUGAAGCUCAACACAGCAGCAUCCACAGAAGCAGACGUAAAAAUUGUUAUCAAAACAGAAGUCCAGGAAGAGGAAGUGGUAGCCACACCUGUGCAUCCCACCGACCUGGAGGCUCAUGGGACUUUGUUUGCACCAGGCCAAGCCGCAAGGUUCUUUCCCAGCCCUGUCCAGGAAGGAGCCUGGGAAAGCCAAGGCAGCUCCUUCCCCAGCCAGGACCCGGUGCUGGGGCUGCGGGAGCCCACUCGGCCAGAGAGGGACAUUGGUGAGCUGAGUCCUGCCGUAGCCCAGGAGGAGGCCCCUGCCGGGGAUUGGCUCUUUGGUGGCGUCAGGUGGGGCUGGAAUUUCCGGUGUAAACCUCCUGUGGGCCUGAACCCAAGGACGGUAACCGAGGGACUCCCUUUCUCCUCUCCUGACAAUGGAGAUGCCAUCUUGGACCCCAGCCAGGCCCCAAGACCCUUCAAUGAUCCCUGCAAAUACCCGGGCCGGACAAAAGGCUUUGGUCAUAAGCCGGGGCAGAAGAAGCACCCAGCCGCGCCCCCUGGAGGCCGGCCCUUCACCUGUGCCACAUGCGGAAAGAGCUUCCAGCUGCAGGUGAGCCUGAGCGCGCACCAGCGCAGCUGUGGACUGCCCGACGGGGCGGGCACAGGGGCAGCUUCCACCACUACUGGCGGAGGUGGCAGCGGAGGUGGUGGCGGAGGUGGCAGCGGAGGUGGGGGUAGCGCACGGGACAGCAGCGCCCUGCGAUGCGGGGAGUGUGGCCGCUGUUUCACACGCCCUGCACACCUCAUCCGCCACCGCAUGCUACACACUGGCGAGCGGCCCUUCCCCUGCACCGAGUGUGAGAAGCGCUUCACAGAGCGCUCCAAGCUCAUCGACCAUUACCGAACGCACACGGGCGUGCGGCCCUUCACCUGCACAGUGUGUGGCAAGAGCUUCAUCCGCAAGGACCACCUCCGCAAGCACCAGCGCAACCACCCGGCGAUGGCCAAGGCGCCCACUCAUGGGCAGCCGCUCCCACCACUGCCGGCUCCUCCCGACCCCUUCAAGAGCCCGGCAGCCAAAGGACCCAUGGCUUCCACAGACCUUGUGACUGACUGGACUUGUGGCCUAAGUGUCCUGGGACCCACUGAUGGUGGUGGGGAUCUGUGACAUCCUCCAACCCUCCCGUGGCCCCUGCAGGCCACAAAUGUACAAAGUCCCAUGUGCAGACAGCAAGGUGGCCUGAAAGCUCAGAAGCAAAAAGGAAGACUUGGCAGAGAACCAAAUUUCCACGUUGCUGAACUGGUCACUGGAAAGAAACUUCUCAGUGCAGCCUCCACCUUAAAGAGAGUAGGAUUCCGACUGUGAGACUGAACACCUUAGUAGAUCUUAAGUAAUUUAAUUACAAACCCAUUUUUUUGUUUUUUUCUCUUUAAUUCGUGAGGAAAAAGAUGGAAAACAGUAGCAACACCAGUUGAAGUUCUGAGGUGUACUGUGGCUUUCAAGGUUGUGUGUCCACCUUGUCUUACCAGGGUUGGAAAGGUGGUCAGUGGGAAGAGCAGGCAAGGGCUCUCCCGGCCUUGGACCACACAGUCCUAUGGCAGGUGAGUUCCCCUUCUAUUCAGGCAGCUAGUCUGGCCCUUAGGUCCUGGGUGAUGAGGGCACUAGGGGCCUAGACAGACAGCUUCCACUCAGCAGCAGGGACUACCCUAGAAGCAGCCCUUACCUUCUCAAAAGACCCCUAAAGCCAGGCCUGACUUUCCCUGUCCGAGCCAUCAGUGGUACCUGUCCAAGGUGGUACUGUCCACUGUAGUCGUGGGCCUGGCUACUAAGAGUCAUGGAGCUGUGGUCGUGUUAGGUCUGGAGGGUGGUGGCCCUCGAACAUGAGGUCACAGAAAGCCAGGGCCACCCAUCCUGGGCUAUGUCCAUUAGCCAUGGAUGCUUCUGUUGGCUGCCCAUUGUGCAGUACAUUCAUUUUCAAAAUGGUUCCAUUACCAUGACUAGGAAGCAGCAGACGGUGGUUCUUUUUAGAGAGAAAUAAAGGGCUCAAAGGGGACAUAGCCUCUCACUGUGAGUACUGUGUGUUCCAGGAACUGGGAAGAGCUUCACUAAGUCCCAGCUCUCUCUCGUGGAACAUGGUUUAGGGGAGGAAAGGUUUUGAGGUCUUGCCCUCUUAAAAGAUUUGUCCUACACAAAUGGAUCAGAUCAUGAAGACAGAGAGCCCCUGCCUCGGCAGCUCAAGCUGGGCGGCCCCAGUAUGCUUCCGAGUCACUAGGCACGCAGGAGGUAGUUGGAGUGCCAGGGAACUGGGUAAGUGGUUUUCUCAGGCUUGCCUGGAAUGUCUUCACGGUGGAAUUAGAGCUAGGUCCAAGUUUCUGUCGUAAAAGUGCUGUCCCCAGCACACACAGCCAUUCCCAUUUUGUUAAAGCAGCCGCUGGUCCUCUUCCCCAAAUGGGUAACGACUCCCUGAAGAGAGCAGAGACCAUGGUGCCCAAUCAGCUCCCUUCUGCGUACUUUUAUUAGAAAUAGACUAGUUAAUAAGAUUGUUUCUAUGUACUGUAUAUUUUGUACCUGUUUACACUUCUAAUAUUGAUAUAACUGAUAUUUUGAAAAACAAAUGAACAGAAAACAUCCUGUUAAAAUAAAACCUAACCAGCACCAAG